AUGGACAUUCACACUGGCUACAGACUGCUAUGUUAUACAGUAUAUUCCGUAUCUUUUGUUAUGUGUAUGCUUAUCAUAAUCUUGUCACAGCAAGUCGCUUCGAGUACCCCGAAGUACCAUCAGCAAUAUGCUUUUAUUGUCAUUUUCAAUACGACUAUAGACCUAAUUGUCUCUAGUAUUACGGUUUUUAUUGUACCGGUAAGUUUGUUACCUAAAAAAUAGUUUUGAAAAAAAUGAAAAAAUGUGAAAUUUUGAAACGAAAAAUAUUAAAUUGUUCAAAUAAUCAUGUGUCCUCUAAUCACGCAAACUUGCUUUAAGAGGGGGUACAGAACUAUAUGAACAACAUAAUAGCAUAAAAUGUCAUAAACUGUGACCUAAACCUAUAAUUAUGUUGUCUUCAGGUAGUCGUGGUAACAGAAAACACCCUAUUUGUAGCUACAGAAAACGUAUAUUUACAAAAACUACAGUAUCGAGAAGCCAACGCCCUCUUGGUAACAGACGGUGCUUUAAUAGUAGAGUAA